AUGGGAAGACUUAAGUCUACGGUACUUGUGCCUUAUAAAAUCAAUAGCAUAGCUGCCCAUGUACCCGAUCUAGUUGUAUAUGCAGAUCUCUCUCGGGAAAUACCAUACGUUGAAAACUUUCACGGGGUCCUUCUAUUCGUCGAUAUUUCAGGUUUCACAGCCCUGACUGAAAAAUUCAGUGUAAGCAGCAAAAAAGGCUAUGGAGCAGAUCAGCUAACCAGGACACUUAACAAAUACAUUGGUGAUAUAGUACAUUAUAUUCUAACAUCUGGAGGAGACAUCUUGAACUACGCAGGAGAUGCUAUUUUGGCCCUUUGGAGAGUGGAGAGGAUCCAAUUGAGCAAUAUGAUCUCUUUAGCUGUGAAAUGUAGUCUCAAUAUUCAGAAUAAUUGCGGCAACCGAGAAACUGAAGUGGGAGUCAAACUUAGGGUGAAAAUAGGCAUAUCUGCAGGGAAAAUAUCCAAAGUGGUAAUGGGAGGUAAAGAUUCAAAGUAUUUUGUUGUAAUUGGCCGUGCUGUGGACGAAGUUCGUCUUGCUGAAGGCUUGGCUGUUGCUCAUUCAAUUAUACUCUCACCUAAUGCUUGGGAAAUGUGUGACAGAGAUACUAUAGCAACUGACCCCAUAGAAAAUGAAAGAGCUGUUAAGGUAAGGUAUUUGAAGAGAGAAUCAUUCUUUUCAGUUGAGACAUAUUUGGAGUCACUUGGAACGCCUUUACAACAUGAACCUAGUAAAAAUGUUUCUGUGAGGAAGACUUCAAGAUUGCUGCCAGAUUCAGAACUUGAGAAAAAUCUACGACAAUUUGUUAUGCAAACUAUUUUGCAAAAGAUUGAUGAUGACCAGCCUCUGGAGUACUUGUCAGAAAUGAGACCAGUGACUAUUGUAUUUGUUAACCUCCAAUUCAAGAUGGGUACAACUGAAACAGAGCUGUGCUUGAUAAUGCAGAAUGCUGCACUUGGAAUAGGCCAGUUGAUAAGGAAACACCAAGGAAGAAUCAAUAAAGUAUUCAUGUUUGACAAAGGUUGCACAUUCCUGUGUGUUUUUGGCCUCCCUGGGGACAAGCGAGAGGACGAAUGUGCACAUGCCUUGCUGUGUGCAUAUACUAUCCAUGAAUAUUGCUCUAAGGAACUUAAAGUAAGUACCGCUUCUGUUGGUGUUACAAGUGGCCCGGUGUUCUGUGGAGUUGUUGGACAUCCUAUGCGUCAUGAGUAUACAGUUAUUGGCCGAAAGGUGAACAUGGCAGCCCGCUUAAUGAUGUACUAUCCUGGAGUGGUUUCUUGUGACAAAGAAACAUGUGUCCAUUCAAAGCUGCCGUCAUUCUACUUUAAUGAAUUACCAAAAAGACCAAUGAAAGGUGUGCAGAAUCCAGGAACAAUUUAUCAGUACCUAGCAAGGAAACAUCAAAAAACUGUUGGAAAAGCACAGAUGUCAAUGGAAAGAGUGGAAGGUUAUCACCUUUUAGGACGAGACAAAGAAAUUGAUGUUUUUAACACUGCAUUGAAGCAGUUUUUGGAAUGCAGAAGCUCAGGUUCAAGAAACUAUAAAAAUGUCAUUAUGUACGAGGGAGAUGUUGGUUUUGGGAAAAGCAGUGUGCUGGCUGAAAUUGUCUACCGAGCAGCAAAAGAAGGAGUGAGGGUCAUUGCAUUUGAGAUAGCAAAGUCAGACAUUAAGCAGCAAUUCUAUGCAGUACAAACCCUACUGGCAAUUGUACUGUCUGUGCAGAACUGCAAGAGUUAUGCUGAACGUGAGAGGUUAUUGCUUAGCAAGAUUACAGACCAAAAACAGCAAGAGAAGCUGUGCCUGUUAAAUGAUCUUCUUCUUGUUAAGUUUCCAGUUUCCAAAAAAGUGUCUCUUUUGGACAAUAAAACAAAAAUACAGGAAAUGAAGACUUUCUUUAUUGACAUAUGCAAGAAUGCACUUGAAGUUGAGGCAUGCUUAUUUGUUUUUGAUCAAGCACACUACAUUGACUUUUCGUCAUGGGAGCUUAUUGUAGAACUGUGUGAGAAAACAUCAGCUUUUAUGAUUAUGGCACUGCGCCCCUUUAACCUUCAGAAUCCACCCUUUCCAUCUGCUGCCAAAGUGAUGAGAAAUCCCAAUACAUUGUAUGUGAAGCUCUCAGUACUGGAGCCAUCUGUAAUAGCACAGUUAGCUUGCCAAAUAUUGGGAGUUAUUAGAAUUCCUAGGGAGAUGGAACUAUUGUUGGUGGAACGAAGUCAUGGUGUGCCCUAUUAUUGUGAAGAGUUAUUAAAGAGCCUUUAUUUAAGCAAGAUGAUUGUGUUGGAACAACUGGAUGAAGAAGAUGAAGAAGAUGUUGAUAUUUUGUUUUCUGAACCAAAAAUAGUCAUUGAAAACCCCAAAGCAAGUCAAAUCUGCAAACCAGAAGACGGGAAGCAAUGCAGUUCUAAAACAGAGCCACUAAGGACUCGUAUGAUCAAAUCACUGGAUAUGUCUUCAUUAGAGGAUCAAAAAUAUGUGUGCUUCAUUGGAGAAGCAGUGACGUUGCAUGAAAUCCAAAUUCCACUCACACUAAAAGGUAUGGCUUUGGCCCAGCUUGAUCAUUUGCAACCUGCAGAGCAAAUGAUAGUAAAGUUUGCUUCCAUAAUUGGGUACACUUUUACCACCCAGAUGCUGCAAUAUAUCCUAAUAGAGGGAGCAGACCAAAAGUUAAAUCAGUCACUGGAUUCACUCUUCGAAAGUCAUACUUUUGAAUGUGCCUCCAGGCGUAAAGAAACUUGGCAUCCCUUUAUAAUGGAGAAAAAACCUGAAAACACCCUGCAGUGCUUCUGUACAACAACUGAACAGGAGAGCAUAAAACUGGAUGAUACUGGUAAAAGUAAAAAUCAAACAGUCUGGAAGUGCAAGAUUAUGAGAUUCUGCUCAUCCCUUGUAAUGGAAACUGCCUAUGAGUUGUGGCUUAAGGAUCAAAAGAAGGCUAUUCAUUUGAAGUGUGCCACAUAUCUACUGAACCAGGCUCGUCGGUGCCGCACGUGUGGUGGGGAUGAAUUUAUUUUAGGACAUAGUGCUGCUAUUGGUAUGAAAGUCCUAGAGAAUAACCCUGAUAAUGUAAACAACCAACUGGAUAAUGUUGCAGAUAUAUUCGGAAGUUCAUCAAGUUCUUAUGGGAAAUUCAGAACUAGAAUCAACAAAGUUGCCCCUAUCGACAAUAGCCGUUUUGAAGGCAGCUUCCUGGUAAAGCUAGAUGACAUUUUGGCAGGGAGUGAACAAGUUGCUCAGACCUGUAGAAAGUGUAAAUGCGCAGAUAUCGUGGAAUGUGUUUUAUGUCCCAUGGUCCGACAUUGUAUGGGGGUGGGCGAUGUACCAAAGACUUUCUACUUCCUGCUUGAAACUGCUGCUGCUGCUACAAUUCUAUCCAAUAACUUAAAGGCCUUGUCAUAUCUAAAUGAAGCGACAAUCAUUCUGGAUUUGUUAAGAGCUGGGAAACCUCCAUUUGAAACAGCUGAGACAAAGGGCAAAGUAAAAAUCAGGAGUUUUGAGAAGGCAUGUGCAUUUCGCCUUAAAGGAGAGGUGCUGUUUAACACAGGUCAAAUAAAAGAAGCCCAAGAUAUGUUUAGAAUGGCUUUGAAGCUGCUGAAAAGAAGACUUCCAAUGAACGUAAUUGAAGUGUUGGUAAAAUACAUGGUUGAGAAAGCAAAAUACUCUUUGCAUGGAUCAAAGAAAACAGUUCUGAUGUAGGAAAAAAGGUUAGCCUUUUUGCAUCAACAGAUCUGUUGUCUAUCCUACAUGUGGCAAAUAUACUGCAUGAAUAGAUCACCGGGGUACAAAAUGACCUCCUCCCUUGUUAUUCUAAUGGAAGUGAAUACUGCAAAACUCUGUUUGGAUCAGAAUAAGAUUAUUUCUGCACACAUUGAUUCUUUCCAUUACUGUCAGAUCGUGGGGUUAGUAGAUGAAUGCAAACGAUAUGAAGAACUUCUAAUCAAAACAUGUGCUGAACUUCCAUAUACUGCAGAAAGACUAAUGAUGGUUGGUAACUUUGCACAUACACUAUCCACUGUCAGACUGUGCUCCGGAAAGCUAGACGAAUCCAUUCAAUAUGGUUACCGGGCUCAUAAGUUUGCAGAGUUGCUGAACAAGCCAAGUUUUGAUGUCAUUGCUAUUUCAUUGAUGCAUAUACCACUGUUGCUCACUCACAGGUAUGCCGAUUGUGUUGAACUGCUGUGUAUUCUAGAAUACCUUGUAAAUACCCUUCAGAAUAGCAUUGGAAAAGGCUGGUUCUAUGCAGCAUGCUUCGAUAUUCUGCUUCAAGGAGGGUUUGCUUUGAAACAGUUUGAUGAAUGUUUGAGUUUUGUUGAAGAGGCCCAAUCUGACCCAAUUAUCAUGGCAGAAAAGAGCUUAAUGCUUAACCUGUAUGCAUCGUUAGCACUUUGGUUUGCAAGACUUAAUGAAUGGGAUCAAUCACGUUACUUUUUUGUGAAAGCUCUGAGAAUCGUGGAUCAGGCUCCAUCAUCUGUUUACUCUAUUAAUGGACAUGUCAAGUUUUUAGAGUGUUAUGUUCUGGUGUUCAGGAAGGCUCUGGUUGACAAGAACAACCACACUGUGGAGAUUUACAAUAGGACACAAAAGCACUUUAGUGAUUUCAAGUCAAGAUAUGCAACCUUCGUUCAAUACGAUCCCAGGUUUCUUCAUCUUAAAGCGUAUAUGUACUUAAUAUCUGGGCAGCAAAAGUUAGUGAAAUCUUUUCUGCAAAAGGCUUUGAAAAUUAGCCAGAAUCACGGCAACAAGUUAGAGGAGUGUUGGAUUAGGUUAAGUGAGGAUUCAUGGUUUGGAACGACUGAACCGCCUGCAGACCAAUGGUUGGAAAUUAUUUUGAAUUUGCCCAGUUGGGAAACUGCAGCUCAGAUGGAUGUAAAUCUGCUGUCUAAAUCAAAAUACCUUCUGCCUGGCUUCAGAGAUUCUUACAAUGCAUGUUAAGGAUCAAGGCUGGCCUAUCCCCUUUCUAAGAACAAUGAGCUCUGAGACUGAGACAAAGUUUGGUCCUUUGUUACGAUCUAUAUAUUAAUUGCACUGGCUAUUAAGAUUUAUAAC